AUGACCUCGAUGGCCAUGCGCCUAAACCCGAACGGCGUCGGCCUGAAGGCAUCUCUGGGCGCCGGCCUGCUGCCCGGCUCUCUGGGCGCGCACCUGCUGGGUCCGGCGCUCACCGUCUCCUCUCUGCCGGCCGCCCCCGCCCCGGCCUCCGCUCCCAGUCCGCCCCCCGCCCCGGCCCCGGUCCGACCCUCGGCCACCCUGAGCCCGCUGGCGGCCCCCGCCGGCGGCCGGCCCAGCACGCUCAGCGGCAGUCGCUCGGUGGGCCUGCUGAGCGCCUCCGCCGCCGCCGCCGCCGCGCCGGCCGAGCGGCCCUCCCCGACCGGCUCUCUGUCGCGCCUGCUGCCGCUGCCGCCGACCUCGUCGUCGCCGUCGCUGCCGCCAACAUCGACACCGACACCGUCAGCGGCGCCGGCGGAGCGGCCGGCCAGUCCCGCCUCCCCGGUCCCGUUCCAGUGCUAG